UGGCUGCCUGAAUUAUUGAUUUGGCAGUAGAGAGAUAGUCUUGCAUCUUGCUGCUCAGCAAGGCUUAGCCCUGUGCAGUGGUGCCUGGAAGAGGGGGAGUGACUUUGGGCUGGUCUGGAGCGGGCGUUUCAGGCGAGAGCGGAGUGACUUUGGGCUGGUCUGGAGCGGGCGUUUCUGGCGAGAGCGGAGUGACUUUGGGCCGGUGUGGAGAAGGCAUUUCAGGCGAGAGCGGAGUGACUUUGGGCCGGUGUGGAGAAGGCAUUUCAGGCGAGAGCGGAGUGACUUUAGGCCGGUGUAGAGCGGGCAUUUCUGGCCAGAGUGGUGUGACUUUGGGCUGGUGUGGAGUGGGUGUUUCUGCUGGGAGUGGAGUGACUUUGGGCCAGUGUAGAGCAGGCACUGGGAGCGCUGAUUGACAUUGGCCCAGCCCUGUGAAGGCAUUUCUGUGGAGAGUCGAGUGCCGCUGGCGCAGCCCCGCUGUGCCUCGUUUGGGAGAAGCUGCUGAUUGAGGAGGCGGCCGAGAAUGGCAGAGGAAAUGCAGGAAAGUGGGUCCGGGCCUUACGAGGGAAUCUGUCGCUACACACAGAAGAUCACCUCCUGCUUUGGACUGGAUGAGGAUCCGGGGGUGGAGAUCUCUGCAGGACACAGAGUGGCCCAGGCCCAGGACAGCCACAGACCCAUGGAGAAGCCAAUGAUCCAGUGUCACAAGUGCGGGGAGCCGUGCAAGGGGGAGGUGCUGAGGGUGCAGUCCAAGCACUUUCAUAUCAGAUGCUUCACUUGUAAAGUGUGUGGCUGCGAUUUGGCCCAGGGCGGCUUCUUCAUGAAGAACGGGGAUUAUCUCUGCACUCUGGACUACCAGCGCAUGCACGGGACACGCUGCAAUGGCUGUGGGGACUUUGUGGAGGGCGAGGUGGUCACUGCAUUGGGCAAGACCUACCACCCCGCCUGCUUCGUUUGCACCCUGUGCAAGCGCCCAUUUCCUGCUGGGGACCGAGUCACCUUCAACGGGAAAGACUGCUUGUGUCAGCGCUGCGUCGAACCUGUGUCGCCCACGCCGAGGGACAUCUGCGGCUCCAGCAGCUGUGCCGGAUGUGGAAGGGACAUUAAGAAUGGUCAGGCCCUGCUGGCCCUCGACAGGCAAUGGCACCUGGGCUGCUUCAAGUGUAAGGCCUGCAACAAGGUGCUGAGUGGAGAGUACAUCAGCAAGGACGGGAUGCCCUACUGUGAGAGGGACUAUCAGAUCCACUUUGGGGUGCAAUGUGAAGCAUGUCACCAGUUCAUCACGGGAAAGGUGCUGGAGGCAGGGGACAAACACUACCACCCCAGCUGUGCACGAUGCAGCAGAUGCAACCAGAUGUUCACAGAAGGUGAAGAAAUGUACCUCCAAGGCUCUACAGUUUGGCACCCCAACUGUAAGAACAGUACCAAAGCUGAGGAAAAGCACAGGCUGCUACCUCCCUCAAUCAGCAGCCUUCACAAAACAGAAAGGCAGCCUACGAGGUCCUCGUCCGAAAGUAUUUGUUCCCGACCUGGUUCAAGCAUUCCUGGCUCACCGGGUCACACCAUCUAUGCGAAAGUAGACAAUGAGAUCCUGGAUUACAAAGACCUAGCCGCCAUUCCCAAGGUCAAAGCCAUCUAUGACAUCGAAAGACCAGAUCUCAUUACCUAUGAGCCCUGUUACACCACUGCCCUCGAUGAGAGGCAGAGUCUGGGAGAGCCUCCGGCCCCCAGGAGAGAGCGGUCCUCCCUGCUGGAGCAGCGAUCUCCAAGGACCCUGUCCCCUACACCCUCUGCAGAGGGCUGCUUUGACAUGAGGGAGCGCAUCAUCCAGAGGUCCACCAGCCAGGGUUCCAUCGGCUCCCCUGUGUACAGUCGCCAUAGCUACACCCCCACAUUGUCACGGUCACCACAGCACUUCCACCGGCCGGAGCUGCUGACUGGAAUGCAGAAACUCUGCUCGUCUUUACGCAGUAGCUCCGCCCAUAAUGACUCCCGCCCCACCUCCCCAUUCCGCCACCACUUUAUACCCCAUACCAAAGGCACAGAGCCCAGCAGCGGCCGAAGUUCCCCCGCCCCCUCUCGGCCCGACAGCCGGCCGCUCACUCCAACCCUAUCCCUGAACCCUAAACAUUUCCAUCUUCCAGAUCAAGGCAUCAACAUGUACCGGAAACCUCCCAUCUACAAGCAGCACGCUGCCCUGGCGACCCAGAGCAAGUCCGCCGAUGACAUCAUCAAAUGCGCCAAGUUCCCGGCAGCACACGCCCCUAACUCCGACGCAACGCCAAAGAUCGAGACAGACCACUGGCCCUGCCCACCCUCCCUCGCUGCCGUAGGGUCAGACGGGAGGCGGCGCUCAAGGGAGGAGGAUGAGGAGGAGCUACAGAAACGCAGACAGAUCCAGGAGGAGCACCUCAGCAAGAUUCAGUCAGGUCUGGGGAAACUGAUUUUGAAGGAAGAAAUGGAGAGAGAGAUGAACAGAGAGAGAUAUACCCGCAGUCUCUCCUCGCAGCGCUACGAGAGCCCCUAUAUCAACUGCACUGCAGAUAAGACAUCCUCACUCCCCGGGUAUGGACGCAAUGGCCUCCAUCGGCCACAAUCCACAGAGUUCAGCCAGUACAACAGCUACAGCGACGUGAGCGGAGAAGGAAGGCGAGAGUUUAAGCCGACUCUCGAUGACUCUGCGCCUGUAACAAGAAUGGACAGGGGAAACUCUAUGCCUAAUAUGUUGGAACCAAAAGUCUAUCCUUAUGAGAUGCUCACGGUCACCAGCAGAGGGCGAGCUAAGCUGCCUAAGGAUGUGGACAGGACAAGACUAGAGCGCCACCUGACUCCAGAACUCUUUUUUGAGAUCUUUGGAAUGGAGAUUGAGGAGUUUGACAGACUGCCCCUCUGGAAACGUAAUGAGAUGAAGAAGAAGGCCAACCUCUUCUGACCACGGGAGCGUGCAUGUUUUCACCCAUGAGCUCAUCCGUCACUUCCAUGUAAUAUACAUAUAGACAUCUGCUCUCUUAUUCUGACAUUAUUAUGCAAAAACAGACACCGAAUAAACAUGUUCGCUUCAAAUUGUAAGUUAGCCCUGGAUUUAUCAGAUAGAGCUGUAUUAGACUGGGUGUAAAGGGGUGAAAAUGUAACCAUGUGUUCUUGGAAAAUGAGGGAGCCGGUCGCUGAAGUGGCACCCACCCUUCCCACCCUUCCCACCCUUCCGGAUGCACUGCGCUUGGACUGUUUCAUUCCCAGACCCGUGUCCUCGAUGACUUGCUGCUGCACCAGUAAAAGAAGCUUUAUUAGUUCGACCUGCAGGCAUCAGUGGGGUGUCCCAGUAAACAUGCCCUAAACAGGAAGGUGAAGACACAGCGUGGUCCUCAUUACCUCUUAAUGAAGACCUCUGUCGGUGGCCAUUCACUGAGAGCGGAGGCUUCCUGGUGCGUUGUGGGUAAUGAAAGGCCUUGCUUUAUUGUCAAAGAUUUCUUCCAGGGCAGCUGCUUUAUGCUCUGGAGAACCUAGAACCAGCCUAGAAUCUUGCAGAUACGGCUUUGCCUUAACCUGGCCUCUGUCGGGUUUUCAGUUAAAAAGGGGAAUUUUCUUCACAAUAUGUAUUUUACUUCAGGCUCACAUUAUGUUAAACUGUUAGCAAGGAGACAGUUCUCACAAUGUGGAACCCCCACCGAACCCUUAGAGUAUUUACUCACUCCACAUUUAGUGAUUGAUUGCAUUACAGAGCCCAGACCACUAGGGGGUGAGCUUGCUCCUUGCUUACCAUGGUUAGCCCUUCCUGCCGCACUACAGAAGGUACAGGCUUGUUGCAUCAUUUUCUUCCUUGGCGUCAUUCUUCAGCCAGUCCUGUUUUGGUUCAUUAUGGCCACAGAUGACCACUGAGCCUAUGAGCUCCCCCUCUGGUAUAAGCAAAGAACUGCAUUUGAUAUUACUGUUUUUGUAAUAGCACCUGAAACUGCCAUUUCUGAAACCAAAACACGUCACUUCCCAUGAUUUCUCAAGAGCUGCAGCUUCCUCUGGGCUCCACAUCCAAGCUACUUCAGUGAAGCCUUUGGCACUGCAGCCCGUCGGUGCUGCGGCCUGUCACUAAUGCAGUCUGUCGGUGCUACGGCCUGUCACUAAUGCAGCCCGUCGGUGCUGCGGCCUGUCACUAAUGCAGUCUGUCGGUGCUACGGCCUGUCACUAAUGCAGCCCGUCGGUGCUGCGGCCUGUCACUAAUGCAGUCUGUCGGUGCUGCGGCCUGUCACUAAUCCAGUCUGUCGGUGCUGCGGCCUGUCACUGAUGCAGCCCCUCAGUCCUGCAGCUCGUCACUGCUACAGUUUGUCAAUGAUGUAGCCCAUCAGUACUGCAGUCUGUCAGUGCUGCGGCCUGUCAGUACCACGGUCUGUCAGUGCUGAAGCAUCAGCUGUUCCUUCAGUGCCACUUUUGGUUGGAUCCCUUUAUACGGUUGUGUACAAACACAUUAUUAUUUGCCCUAAGAGCAGAGUUCUUUGACAUUUCACUUAAAAUUUGAGGCUGUAUCAUUAGAUCACUGUAAUCCAGGUUUCCCACAAAGUCAAGACAUAAAAACAAAAUAAAAAAUCAAAAAGUUUUGAUAAAUAUAUGAUACCAAAUGUUGUCUUUUGGAAGAGAGACUUUAAUGAUGUAACAGUGAUACUGAAAAAUAAAAAGCAGUAAUUCGCA